UAACAAUGAGGGGGAAAGAAAAGAGAAAAAAAAUCUGCUUGUUGGAUAAACUGAACAGCCAUGGUCGUUAUGGCUCACAGUUCAGUUAUGAAACUGUGAGAGACUCAGUUCCCUUAUCUCCACCACAAUGGAGGCUUUAAACCUCACCACAACCACAAACCCACCUCUAUCGAAGUCCCUUUUCCUCGAAUCCCAUCUUCUUCGGUCCACCUUCAAACCCCAACUUAUCCCAUGCGGUGUCAAAACUCGUAGUCUCCACCGUUCAAGAAACUUCUCAUUCACCUUCGCUUGCAAGCUGAAGACCCCUCAAGAUAUCACGAACAAUGACAAGAGCAUAUCCAAGAAGAUUGUGCUAUCUGAGGUGGCGCCGCCGCUGGGAGAGGAAGGCGGUAAAGGUACCGGAAAUGGGAAGGCUCCAGUAAAGUCAGGGCGUGGAGGUGGUGCGAUGGGGUUCGUGAAGAAGUUUCCCAAAAAGGUUCUGGCGAUUUUGUCUAAUCUGCCUUUGGCUAUUGGAGAAAUGUCCACUGUCGCGGGGCUAAUGGCCCUGGGUACUGUUAUUGACCAAGGUGAAGCUCCAGGCUUCUACUUUCAAAAGUUCCCUGAAGAUAGUCCUGUAUUGGGAUUUUUCACUUGGAGAUGGAUUCUCACCCUUGGGUUUGACCACAUGUACUCGUCUCCCAUUUUUCUUGGAACAUUGGCUCUGCUGGGUGCGUCACUCAUGGCCUGCACUUACACAACACAGAUUCCCCUGGUUAAGAUUGCAAGAAGAUGGAAUUUUUUGGACUCGGCCGAGGCAAUCCGCAAGCAGGAAUAUUCAGACAUUCUGCCCCGAGCAACAGUUCAAGAUUUAGGUGUUCUUCUGAUGGGAUCAGGAUAUGAGGUUUUCUUGAAAGGACCAUCCUUAUAUGCCUUUAAGGGGCUUGCUGGUCGAUUUGCCCCUAUUGGAGUACAUUUAGCAAUGCUGCUGAUAAUGGCUGGUGGAACUCUUAGUGCAACCGGGAGCUUCAGAGGUUCAGUCACAGUUCCCCAGGGGCUGAAUUUUGUUGUUGGAGAUGUCUUAGGCCCAAGUGGGUUUCUAUCUACUCCAACCGAAGCUUUCAAUACCGAGGUUCAUGUCAACAGAUUCUACAUGGAUUACUAUGACAGUGGAGAGGUGUCACAGUUUCACACUGAUCUUUCACUGUUUGAUCUUGAUGGGAAAGAGGUAACAAGGAAAACCAUUAGCGUAAAUGAUCCUUUAAGGUAUGGCGGAUUUACUAUAUACCAGACAGAUUGGAGUAUUUCUGCACUCCAAAUACUCAAGGACGAUGAAGGACCUUUUAAUCUGGCUAUGGCACCUCUAAAGGUCAAUGGAGACAAGAAACUUUAUGGGACCUUCUUACCAGUAGGAGAUUCUGAAUCUCCUAAUGUAAAGGGAAUAUCAAUGCUUGCUCGUGAUCUACAAUCCAUUGUACUAUACGAUCAGGAAGGAAAAUUUUCUGGAGUUCGACGCCCAAGCUCGAAGCUCCCAAUUGACAUAGAUGGUACAAGAAUUAUUAUCGUAGAUGCAAUAGGCAGCAGUGGCCUUGAGUUGAAGACUGACCCUGGGGUGCCAAUUGUUUAUGCUGGAUUCGGUGCUCUAAUGCUCACUACUUGCAUCAGCUAUCUAUCUCAUUCACAGGUUCUUAAUGAUGUUAUAUCUGGUCAUGUUGAGCUGGCCACGCAUAUUAUUUGCAUUCACUUUACAUCUGAAAAUGAUGCCUUUAGUACUAAACCAAUGAAUGCAGGUCUGGACUUAAAAUGGUAACAAACACUAAUAAAUCAUAUGCCCUGCAUUGUAACUUUUCUAAUGCAAAGAUGCACAAAUGCUUAUUAACUAAGAACUUGUAGAGUCAACAAUGGCUUCCAGUUUAUUUAUGCUCGCUCAUGUGAUAAUAUUUUCUUUCCUGAGCAAUCAAAAGGUUUGGGCCGUACAAGAUGGAACAACCGUUAUUGUUGGAGGAAAAACUAAUCGGGCAAAGGCUGAAUUUCCAGAGGAGAUGAAUCGCUUGCUUGAUCAGGUUCCGGAAAUAGUUGAGUCAUCUCUUUCCAAGGAAGCUGACAGAAUUAGUGGCUAGGUUAUUAUUGAAGAAAACACGGUGGAUUUGGAUAUAACUAAGCAAAAACAACAAAGGGAGGAAGCUAAAGAUAAGCUGUAAACGCAAACAGAGGCUACGAAUGCUGUGGAUAAAUAUAAGCAAAUGCAAGCAGGGGCUGAGGUAGAGGUAUACAGAAAGCCAAUAAACAAACUGAAUAUUUAUCGAUCUUGUAAUUUGAAAUAUAUAUAUAUAUAUAUAUAUAUUUUUUUUUCCUGAUGAUAAUCUCUCGGACUCUUUGUAACCGACAUCCUUGAAUAAUUGUAAGAAGUUAUAUUUUAAGUGACUUAGCCAGGAUCCAAGGCCCCAAGUCACAAGAUUUUGUA